AUGUUUCACUUCGAUGCUUGCUCACGUCAUCUUUUCAUGGCGGAUCUAUCGACUAUACGGAAGGCAAGGAACAAAUCAUGUUGCUUAGAUAUCGAUCCUUUACAGAGGGACACAUCCAAAAUUGACACCCACAACCACGAGCUGGUAAUGCCACAUUGGUGUGGCGGUCUACUUUUUGCGCCUAUGACCUUCCACGAUGACGAUGCUAUCUCGUGCCGAGACGAACUAGAAGCUUGGCUCUACUUCUUCGUCUACCUCGUCAAAGGCACAGUGCCAUGGGAAAACGAUCGCGCCGAAGAUGUAAAAUGGACCAAGAUCAAAUCAAUUAAUUGUGGUGAUCUAUUCGAGGGAUUACCACAUCAGUACAAAAAAAUUCUGGACACUAUAACGAGAGAGGGUUCAUCAGACCCAGUAUCGAGCACCGAAUAUGACAGAUUGGAAGAGCUCACUAAAGAAAUUAUUCACGAUGUAGGCGGUAUAAAAGACGACGACGACAAUUUCGAUUUUGAGCGUGAUCCUACAGAGGAUGAAAUACCAAGGUUUGUUGUGGAGCGGAAACCAGCGGCACUUAACGAGCACUAUGAUGAAGCCCGAACACAAUCAAGCUGUUCCGACGAGGACAGUACGGCACUUUCAUAUGAAGAA